GGAUAUUAAAAAAUUAUCUGUGGCCAAAAUUAACCUUACAAUAUUGUUGAUGUUUUUUUUGAGUUUAAAAUUUAAUAAUUUUGUAUGAAUAAUUAUAAUAUUGAAGAAAAUGGAUUAUAAGAGACCAACAAGUAUUGAAAAAAACGUAAAUAACUAUUUUGAGAAGAUGUACACAUUUCAAAAAGAGUCGCAUUGGCAAUUGCCCAGUAUUUCUUAUAAAUCUACAAAAUUUGUUAUUGCAGAUCUUCAAGAUAUGAAAAUAAAAUUAAAUAGUGUAAAAAGUGAACUUAACGUUUUUGAUUUAAAAAAAUGGUCUAAACACACUCAAAGUAGAGACGUUGCAGGUCAUGUUUUUUCGUUAUUGAGAAACUCAGUUAAACCUGAACUUUUAACUCAAGCUUGGUGUAAGUUUUACGAAAUUGUGUGCUCUUUUCCAUUAUUAAAUAGUAUUAAUGGUGCAUCAUUUAACAGCUUGCAUUUGUGCGAAGCACCAGGUGCAUUUAUUUGUGCAUUAAAUCAUUUCUUAGUUUUAAAUUUUCCUCAUAUAAGGUGGAACUGGCAAGCCAAUACGCUUAAUCCUAACUACGAAGGCAAUAAUUUAUGUCAUAUGAUACCAGAUGAUCGACUAAUUUGUCACACAUACGAAAAUUGGUUGUUUGGCUGUGAUCAAACUGGGGACAUACAAAAAUUCUAUAAUCACUGUGAUAUUGUUCAACAAAUUGUGUUAAGAGACAAAGUAAGUUUAGUAACAGCAGAUGGAAGUAUUGAUUGUAUGAAAAAUCCAGGUGAACAGGAGAAAUUAGUAGAAUAUCUACAUUAUUGUGAAGCAAUGACUGCUUUUAGAGUACUAAAAAAUGGUGGAUCACUUGUUCUAAAAAUCUUCACCAUCUUUGAAGAUUCUACAAUUUGUCUUCUUUAUCUUCUCAAUUGUAUAUUUGGCGAAGUAUCUUUAUUUAAGCCAUGUACAUCAAAAAGUGGAAACUCUGAAGUUUAUGUAGUUUGUGUUGAUUUUUGUGGUUUUGACCUUUUAAAUCCUUUAUGGGAUAGUUUAGUAGAACCAUAUAAAAAAGGAUAUUUUGAUGAAAACUUUUCCAUGUUUUCUUUAGAUGAUAUACCACAUAGUUUUAUAAAUCAAGUCAGAACGUCAUGUGAGUAUUUUUUCAUAGGAUGGCAGAUAAAUGUUAUAAAAAAUAAUAUUCAUAUAUUUCUGAAUAAAGACGAAAAUGAUAAUGAGGCUUUAGAAAGAUUUAAACGUAAUAUAGCAGCUACCUAUAAAGGAAAGUACCGGUUAAAAAUGAUUCCAAAGAAUAAAAAGAUAGUUUCAAAUUUUAACAUUUACGAUAAAAAGAAAAGGAAAUUUAGUGAUUUUGAAUUUAUUACUCAGGUUAAUGGUAAUACAAUCAGUGUUUUUGGUAAUAAUUUGACAGAUUAUAUAAAUCUAACUUACGGUUUAAGAAUAAAGAAAGUAUUUAGCUCUAGGUUUAUUUCUAUUGAUGAUUUAAAUAAGAUACUUAGAUAUAAAGAAAAUAUAAGCGAAUAUGAAAGAGUCUCACCAUUAUAUACUUAUAUUUUUAAAAAGUUAAGUGAAUAUUGUACAAUAAUAAAUAUUACUGGUUUUGAUAUUUCAGUUUAUUAUAGAUAUCAAAAGGAUUUACUAAAAGCCUUACUUUCUGCUGCUAAAGAGAAUAAGCAUAUUUUUCUUAUAAAUAUACCCUUUCAUACCCACUUUUUGGCAGGAAUUUGGUGCAUUUUAGCUUGUGGUUUUGAACAAGUCUAUUUUAAUUGUGGUUGUUUAAUAUUUUAUAAGCCUACACUAAAUUUAAAUAAAGUUAUCCAAGUGUUUAAUAAGAUUCAAGAAAGUUAUGACUUGGUUCAGAAUACGGAAUUUGAAUCUGAUUUGAUAAACUUAUUUCCAUAUAGUAUUUUUGAUACACAUUUACACUUAAUUGUUAAUAUUCUCAAUAUAUCUAAUUCAUUUUAUGUACCUGAUUAAUAUUAAAAGUAUUAGAGU